UCACGUUACAGCGGGGCUCAGCCUCGAAAGAACACUGAUACUCUGCUCAGAUGGAAAACAGAGCGAGCUGCUCCAAAAAGGUCAUAGUUUACCGUGGUUGCUUUCCAAAUGUCUGCAGGAAAGGAAAAACUAUCAGGACAGCAGAAAGAACUUCUCAAAUUCUCCAUCCAGGAUAAUCAAGUAUUUGAGGAAAUUAUCCAACUGUUUUGCAAGUGUUGAGCUGAAUAUAAUUUGUGAUAAUUAUACGACAACACUCAAGUGAAAUAUGCUGAUAUGAGCCCAGAGGAGGAGCCAGAGUAUCAGACACCGCCCACCUGCGAUCUGCUCAGCCUUCUGCUGAAGAACAGACGCCCCACCGGAGCUGUCAACGAGGUUUGGCCCAACCUCUACAUCGGAGACGCGGCUACAGCUCAGCAUAAAACCCUGUUAGCGGAUCUGGGAAUUACACACGUGGUGAAUGCUGCAGAUGGCCCCCAGCACAUUGACACAGGGCCACGGUUCUACAAAGACACCAACAUACAGUAUCAUGGAGUGGAUGCACCAGACUGUAAAGAUUUUGACUUGAGCCCAUUCUUCACAGAGACGGCUGAUUUCAUUCAUGGUGCUCUGGGUCAGAAAGGUAAGGUGCUCGUCCACUGUGCACGAGGAAUCAGCCGCUCGGCGACUUUAGCGCUGGCCUACCUCAUGAUCAGAGAAAGACUCGCCCUGGUGGAGGCUGUGGAGGCCGUUCGCAGGCACAGAAAUAUUCUGCCUAAUGUUGGAUUUCUGAAUCAACUCCGUCGCUUGGACUCUUCCUUGGCUCUGCAGAGGAAAUCAACACAUCGUCAAGCAAUGGAGAAAUAAACUUGAACUCGUCUCUAAUUACAU